AUGGGUAAAGACUUUCGUUAUUAUUUCCAGCAUCCCUGGUCUCGCUUGAUCGUGGCUUACUUGGUGAUCUUCUUUAACUUCUUAAUAUUUGCCGAGGACCCAGUUUCUCAUAGCCAAACAGAAGCCAAUGUUAUUGUUGUUGGAAACUGUUUUUCAUUUGUAACAAAUAAAUACCCUAGAGGAGUUGGCUGGAGGAUCCUGAAGGUGCUUCUAUGGCUACUUGCCAUUCUCAUAGGACUAAUAGCUGGCAAAUUUCUGUUCCAUCAGCGUUUGUUUGGUCAGUUGCUCCGGUUAAAAAUGUUUCGAGAGGAUCAUGGGUCAUGGAUGACAAUGUUCUUCAGCACAAUUCUGUUUCUCUUCAUAUUUUCUCACAUCUACAACACGAUUCUUCUAAUGGAUGGGAACAUGGGAGCAUAUAUCAUUACAGACUAUAUGGGCAUCCGAAAUGAAAGUUUCAUGAAAUUAGCUGCAGUAGGGACCUGGAUGGGGGACUUUGUCACAGCUUGGAUGGUCACGGAUAUGAUGCUUCAGGACAAACCCUAUCCUGAUUGGGGAAAAUCUGCAAGAGCUUUCUGGAAGAAAGGAAAUGUUAGGAUCAUUUUAUUCUGGACGGUUCUGUUUACUCUCACUUCUGUGGUUGUACUUGUCAUUACAACUGACUGGAUCAGCUGGGACAAGCUGAAUCGGGGAUUUUUGCCCAGUGAUGAAGUUUCCCGAGCAUUCCUGGCUUCUUUCAUCUUGGUCUUUGACCUCCUCAUUGUAAUGCAGGACUGGGAAUUCCCACAUUUUAUGGGAGAUGUUGAUGUAAAUCUUCCUGGGUUGCACACUCCUCACAUGCAGUUCAAGAUUCCUUUCUUCCAGAAGAUCUUCAAGGAGGAAUAUCAUAUUCACAUAACAGGUAAAUGGUUUAACUAUGGAAUUAUCUUUCUCGUCCUGAUUUUGGAUCUUAAUAUGUGGAAGAACCAGAUAUUUUAUAAGCCUCAUGAAUACGGACAGUAUAUAGGCCCAGGGCAGAAGAUAUACACAGUGAAAGACUCCGAAAGUUUAAAGGAUUUGAACAGAACCAAACUUUCCUGGGAAUGGAGGUCCAAUCACACUAACCCUCGGACUAAUAAAACAUAUGUUGAGGGAGAUAUGUUCUUACACAGCAGGUUCAUAGGGGCUAGCCUUGAUGUCAAGUGUCUGGCUUUUGUUCCGAGUUUAAUAGCUUUUGUGUGGUUUGGAUUCUUCAUUUGGUUCUUUGGACGGUUUUUGAAAAAUGAGCAAGGCAUGGAGAAUCAAGACAAAACUUAUACUCGCAUGAAAAGAAAAUCACCGUCAGAACAUAGCAAGGACAUGGGGAUCACUCGAGAGAACACACAGGCCUCAGUGGAAGACCCACUGAAUGACCCUCCUUUGGUUUGCAUCAGGUCUGACUUCAACGAAAUUGUCUACAAGUCUUCCCACCUAACGUCAGAAAACUUAAGCUCACACUUGAAUGAAUCUACCAGUGGGACAGAAGCCGAUCCGGAUCCAACAACUUCUAAAAGUACACCUACGAACUAG